AUGACAACACAUGAGAAUAAUUCGGCACAGCAGACCCGUGUCCGGCCAGGUUUGGGCAGUGAUGAGCCUGGCGACAAUGAUGGAUUGGAUGCUGUUGUGGUGAAGGCAGGCGUUGGUGCUGAGACUGUGGCAGCAGUCGCUUCGCCCCUCUGGAAGGUUCCUGAUGGCGGGUGGGGAUGGGUGAUCGUGAUCAGUGCUCUGGUCGUCAGUCUCAUUGUGGAUGGACUCAGCUACACCUUUGGGCUCUUCCUAGGAGAGUUCGAGCGAGCCUUUGACCAGCCCAAGAGCACCAUCGCCUUGGCCAGCUCGCUACAAGUAGGAAUUUAUCUGUUCAUUGGUCCAAUCGUUAGUGCCCUAACUAACAGAUUUGGAUGUCGGCGGGUCAUCAUAUUUGGAAGUUUCCUGGCUGGGGUCGCCUUCAUCGCCAGCUCCUGGAGUAACAACGUCACUGUUUUGAUUCUCACCUAUGGGUUGCUCGGAGGUAUUGGGUUUGGCCUCAUGUACCUGCCGGCCAUCGUUGCGGUCAGCGUCUACUUUGAAGAACGCCGAGCAGUAGCCACUGGCAUUGCCGUCUGCGGAUCAGGGGUCGGCACUUUUAUUCUUGCGCCACUGACGGACUACUUGUUGCACGAAUACAACUGGAGGUGGACCCUUCUGAUCCUGGGCGGGCUCAUUCUGAACGGGAUGGUGUUUGGGGCUUUAGUCCGACCACUGGAGCUUCAACGCGUGGAUGUGUGUCCGGAUAUCGCUGGGGACACGGAUGAGGAGGGUAUUGUCAAAAUGAAUGGACAGUUGAAGACAAAUACUGGAGGUGAUACAGAGAAUAAAUUUAUUUCUGAAAGAGGGAGGUAUACGAAGGAUUUUGUGUCUUCCAGUGAUUCAAGAACUAAGGAGGAGAUUCCUCUUCUGACUAUUAUGGAUGGGGAGGAUAAAUUGGUAAUCAAGGUUCCUGAACCAUACACUACAAGUAAAGAGAAUUAUGAGGAUCUGGAGCGUUCUUCCAGGCCGGCCGUGCAAUUUAACUCAACUUCCCAGCUUUCAAAGGGAAAGUAUACAGGAUCUGACAAAAAAAUCUCUUCGUUCCCGAAUUCACCGGAAAAAACUGUCAGACCCCGAGCACAGUCAACAUCAGACAAAGACGCACUGGCCAAGGCACAGCUGGCUCGCUCACACGUCCCCGUGGGUCUGUCGCUGAUCAGCUUGACUGACACGACCCUCAACCAGAUCCGGGAGGAUAUCCAUCUGCCACUGUCCAGGAAGGACAUCCAUCUGAGUGGACCUCUUCCCUUCCCAGAUUCUGAUGUCAGGAGGAGAAGCGAGCCGAUCCGGGGGCUGUACAUUCAGAGCCUACAAUCCAUCGCUAGUUUGUCGGAUGUUGAUGCCAUAGAGAUUGUGCAGGCGCAGCCUCGGGGCCUGUGGUCUUGUUUGCCGAAGUCAGCCCAGGAAACCAUGGAAGAGAUGCUGGAUUUAAGUAUUCUCAAGGAAAAGAGCUACUGGUGUGUCUUGCUGGGUAACUUCUUCUGUAUGCUGGGAUUCUACGUCCCUUUUGUUUAUGUCCCGGACAGAGCACUGGAGCUGGGGAUACCAGAAGACAAGGCGGCUUUCCUGAUUUCUAUAAUCGGUAUAACGAAUACGAUCGGCCGAGUGCUGACUGGGGUCCUGAUCAACUUCUUAAACCUGGACUGUGCAGCGGUGACCAGCGGGGCCCUGUUGAUUGCCGGCAUCGUGACGGCCAUCUGCCCCUUCUGUCACACCUACCCGUCUCUGGCUGCUGUCUCCGCCAUCUUUGGCGUCUGCGUGGCCGCCUACAUCUCCUUGUGUUCAGUGUUACUGUGUGAGUUACUCGGUGUCGACAGCCUUACCAACGCUUUCGGAUUUGUGAUACUCUUUAGGGGCGUGGCCUGUAUCAUGGGGCCACCAAUCGCAGGGGCAUUAAUCGACAGCACAGGAAUCUUCGACCCGUCCUUCUACGUGGCAGGCGGGAUGAUCGUUCUUGGCGCACUCUUCCACGCCAUACUGCUGACUCCAUUUGUUCGUAGAAAAAGAUUCUGA